AUGCCUCCUGAUCCAGUCAUAGCGGUUGUCAUUGACCUAUCGGAUCUCUUCCUCCCCGGACCAGUCCUUGCGAGUGCAAAGAUCUCACGCCAUAUUCUGAAAGAAAUCUUCUCCUCGGACAUCUGGUACGUCUAUGAAUGUGGCCAGUUGACGGAAACGGAGGCCUGCGGGGUGCUCUCGACCAGAUACUCGCUCGAUGUGGCCGACCUCGCUGAUAUACUGCAAACCCGGGUCCGAACAAGAAUCAUAUCCCAGGUCCAGGGAGAGAGCGCGCGAAACAAAGAACAAGGGCAGAGGCAAGGCCAUGAGCAUGAGCUCCUCAUCAACAAUCUGCAGCCUCUCAAAUUCAAAGCAAAAGCGGACAGGAAAGGGCCUCUGCUCUGUGGCAUGCUGAAUAUCCCCCAACCAGAAUACGCAACCAUCCAGGACAGCAUCUCGGAAUGGGCCCUAUUCGACCACGUCUUCGUCUCGUGCCAGGUCGGCAUGCGCAAGCCAGACCUGUGUUUCUACCGACAUGUGCUGCGCGAACUGGGGCUGUCCGACUCGCUUGAAAGAGCGCUCUUUGUCGAGACAAAUCCUGAGAAUAUCCUCCCUGCGAGAUCGGUCGGGAGCCAUGUAAUCCUGCACAUGGACACGAAUGCGACUCUGCGCUCACUGCAGAACAUAUUGUGUGAUCCAGUUGCGCGUGGGAAAGAAUUUCUCCGCGUCAAUGCGAAACGCCUGCAUAGCGUUACGAGCACUGGGGUGGUGAUCCGGGAUAACUUCACGCAGUUGCUGGUGCUAGAGGCUACCGGGGAUCGUGAGCUCGUCUACCUCGAAGAACACGCGCGGUCAUGGAACUUCUUCAUAGGAAGCCCUCUGCUCACAACUCGCGCUUACCCCGACGACUUCGACACAACGGCCCUUGCAUUGACAGUCUUGGAGCCUUCAGACGUCUCGAUCGUGCAGUCCGUGCUAGACGAGAUAGCCAGCCAUCUCAGUGCCGACGGGAUAAUCCUGGCUGAUGAACCUGGACAGACCUACUUCGACACAACCCGCCCACGCGUUGACCCGGUCGUCUGCGUCAACGUCCUCGCCCUCUUCUACAAGUAUGGGCGCGGCCACGAACUACAUACUACUCUGUCCUGGGUCCGCGACGUCCUUAGACACCGCGCAUACUUAAACGGGACACGGUAUUAUGCGAUACCUGAGGCAUUCCUCUACUUUCUUGCCCGUUUACUCGAGAAUACAAGUACAAAUGGAGCAGGACUCCCCAUGCAUGAUGAGUUCGUUUGUCUCCUUCGUGAACGAGUUGUCGAGCGCGUCGGACUGCCCGGGGAUGCUCUUGCGCUUGCGAUGCGUCUCCUUGCGGCGAGAUACGUGGGUAUCGCAGAUGUGAUUGACGAAGAGAGACUUCGCGAGAUGCAGUGUGAGGACGGCGGGUGGAAGGUUGGGUGGGUGUAUCGAUAUGGGAAGACGAAUUUGCGGAUUGGGAACAGGGGGUUGGCGACCGCGUUGGCCGUUAGAGCGCUGUCAGAUCAUUCGAGUCUGAUCAAGAACAAUGAGAGGACUAGUCCGGUGUCUGAGAGCUCUCCUCCCCAAUGCAACAAGAAAUACUGCUGUGUAUGCCUUCCAACGGGUACCUUAGUCGAGCUGGCAAUCCGCAGGGUGCUUAUUGAAGGAGAAUGUAUUGUCCAGGAGGAUCUCCCCACGACGCCCUCAUUUUCUUAA